AUGUCGGCAGAUGCCUUCUUCGCGCCGGCAACGCACGCCCUCGAGGCUGAGGUCGAGGUCGAGGGUGGCGCUAUGGCGCCAGACACGCUCUCCCUCGAGGAGGCGUUCGAUGUCGAGGCUACUGCGAAGCUAAUUCUUGACGGAGGCUACAAAGUUUCUACCGGCGCACAGGCGUAUGUUCUCGCCGACAGCACGUACGGUGCAUGCUGUCCUGACGUCCUGUCGUGCUUGCACCUCCCGGCAGAUCUGCUAGUGCACUACGGACACGCCUGCUUGACUCCCACGGACGCGCUCCCGGUGCACUACGUGUUCCCGCGUGCUGAACUCGACCCGACGACCGCGGCGCAGGAGCUCGUCGAGCUUGCGAAGAAGGAGGGUGACCUUGGAGACUCGGCUGGCGUUAUUUGGGAUGUGUCGUAUGACUGGAGGGCGGACGAGAUUGAGAAGGCAUUCCGCGCCGUGCUCCCGGAGACUAAGCUCGAGUUCGCGCGGAUCAACCGCCCCAGCCUCGUGAAUGCGCGCAAGGAGCUGCCCACCGACCCUCCGCGAACAGGUGGAUGCUGCGCGACGGAUAAGUCGACGGAGGGGUGCUGCUCAUCGGAGAAGACAGCAGGCGGGUGCUGCUCGACGGAACAGCCAGCUGGUGGAUGCUGUUCUGCAGACCAAGCAGCGAACGGGUGCUGCUCCGCCCCGACAGCGGAUGAGGCUGAGAUGGAGGCGCAGUGCGAGGACGAGGCGUCUGGAUCAGUUACGAGCGGUGCCGUUCCCGCCGCGGCGCCGCUAGCCAAGGCGCAAUCCACUUCUGCCCCCGCCUUGCGCCGAGUACCGGCCGGCUCUGUCCUGUUCUACCUCGGCCCGGACUCACGCUCCCUGAUGAAUUUGCAGAUGGAGCACUCCUCGACCCCCAUCUUUGCGUACGACACCGAUUCGGGAGCUCGCGCGAUCACCGGAGCUUCGCGCCAACUCUCGCGCCGAUUGUACGCCGUGCACCAGGCUAUGGCUUCCGACGUGUUCGGUCUGGUGGUGGGCAACAUUGGCCUGAAGAGCUCUCAGCCGCUAGUCCAGAUGCUCCGCGACGAGCUCCGCGCACACCAGAAGAAGAGCUAUACUCUCAGUGUUGGCCGAUUGAACCCCGCCAAGCUCGCGAACUUUGCCGAGAUCGACUGCUUCAUCCUGAUCGGAUGUAGCGAAGGCGGCGUGGUCGACAACCCGAAGGACUUCCUGAAGCCGAUUGUGACGCCGCACGAGGCACUGCUCGCUCUGCGUGGUGCCGAUUGGGACCCGUCGAAGUGGACGCUGGACAUCGACUCGGUGCUGCAGGAGGCGAAGGAGGGCAGGGACGCCGACGCGGGCGAUGCGGAAGCCGACGGCGAGUCCCGCGAGAAGGACCUCGACUUCGACCUCAUCUCAGGCACAUACCGUGUGAAGCGGACAUUCGUGGAGAAGGAGGACGACCUGGUGCAGGGCACGCAGGACCUGACGCUGCGCAACCAGCAAUGGUCGCUUGCGAACCUCGAGAACUCGGCUGGUUCGCUCUUCCUCCAGAACCGUUCCUUCCAGGGCCUCGAGCCGCGAUACGGCCAGGACGAGCCGUCGACGCUCGAGCAGGGCCGUUCCGGCAUUGCCCGCGGAUACACCGAGGAGAAGGACGAGCGACACCGCGAAAUCCAGUAG